CGUGUUGACGUCAUCGGCGGAAGUGCUGUCCCAGUCACGCGCUGAACAGAAUCCUGGAUCGUCCUGCAGUCAUGGCUCUGGAGGCCUGGUACAUGGACAGCUCUGACGAAGAUCAGAGGGAGCCGCACAGGCUCCACCCACAUCAGCCCGUCUCCUUAGACCAGCUGAAGGAGCUCGGAGUUUUUCACUGGAGGCUGGAUGCUGAUCGGUACGACUCCGACCCAGAGCUGAGCAGAAUCCGCCAAGAGCGAGGCUACUCCUAUAUGGACAUCAUCACGAUUCACGAGGACACGUUACCCAACUAUGAGGAGAAGUUGAGGAUGUUCUACGAGGAGCAUCUCCACUCGGAUGAUGAGAUCCGCUACAUCCUGGAUGGACGCGCUUACUUUGACGUGAGGGACAAGGAGGACCGCUGGAUCCGGAUCUCUAUGAGCAAAGGAGACCUGAUCACGCUGCCCGCUGGCAUCUACCACCGCUUCACCCUGGACCGCACGAACUACACCAAGGCCAUGCGGCUGUUCGUGGGGGAGCCGGUGUGGAAGGCUCACAACAGGCCGGCCGACCACUUCCCCGUCCGCCAGAAGUACGUGUCUUCUCUGCAGGGGUCCUGAUGGACGGUCCCCUCCAUCAACAGAGAAAUCAGCCUCCAUGUGCAUCACAUGGUUGUUCCACAUCAGUGCCAGUUCUUCCAACCCGAUGAUUUAGAGGUCACAUUCUGAGAAGACCGACCUUUAGCCCGCCGUUGGACCAGGAACUACAGAAAAGAAAAUUAAAAUGACAGGGUUUUCCAGGAAAUGAAAAUAAAGUUGCUGUCAUUUUA